GAGAAAUUUGCGCGGGCUCGGACUCGGCGCCGUCAGUCAUGGCGGCUUUCCGCGACAUCGAGGAGGUGAGCUACGGGCUGCUGAGCUUGCUGGGGGCCAACCGCGCCGAGGCGCAGCUGCGGCGGCUGCUCGAGCGCCACGAGCAGAUGGUGGAGCGGCUCCUGGAGACGCAGGACGACGCCGACCAGCGGCUUCGGGAGGUCCUGGCUGUGGAGGAGGAAGUGGCUCAAAGCCUUCUUGAAUUGAAGGAAUCCAUGCGCCAGGAAGACACCAAACUACAGCAGCUGGAUGUCGAUCUCCAGAACGCCAGCAAGGACGAUGCCUGUCUGCAGGCCAGACUCUGUCAGCUCACCACAGAGCUGCAGGAACUCAGAGAGAUGGAGGCGGAUCUCCAGCAACAGGAGACAAAAGUGGAUGAGGACACCACAGUCACCAUCCCCUCUGCAGUGUAUGUGGCUCAGCUGUAUCGCUGCAUUAGUAAAAUAGAAUGGGAUUAUGAAUGUGAACCGGGGACCAUCAAGGGCAUCCACCACGGCCCCACUGUGGCCCUACCUAUCCACCUGGACAGCACGCAGCUCUCACGGAAGUCUGUCAGUGACUACCUCUGGAGUCUGGUGGACACUGCCUGGGAGCCAGAGCCUGGCCUCACGCCUCGGUAGAAUUGGGAUUGAGGGGACCCAGGGGAUCAUUCAGAAUUAAAGGUCUAUGUGCGAA